GCGAGCAGGUUUUCAACGGAGCCGGCAAAGCUGCACAGCGCGCUGGGUCCGUGUUAAUGGGUGAUUGAUAAACGACCUCCUCUCAUCAACUGCAUCGGCUGCAUAUUUAUCACCGAACAGACUCAGCAGAAGCGGUUUCCCGUUUGCUCCCCGAAGCUUUAGCACCAGCGAACCGGAAAGUAUUUAUAUCCUAAGAUAUUGUGCAGAAAGUGCAACAGACUAUUAUGGUUUCUCGGUGAAAUGGAUUAGGCAAAAGAGCGACGGGUGAAAUUUCAAAAAUCUUCUCCAUAAUUCAAGGCAUUUGAGAGGAUUGCGCGAGACGGUCGGGGUGGAAACGUUUCUGCAAGGUGUCCCUUUUCGGUCGCCGCUGUUAACAGCCCUAUCGUAGGACUCGGUGUCAGUGUUAACAGCCCACGCGUGUCAGCCACGUGCCGGUCGAGGUGCGACCCUCUGCUCGUUUAACUCGGACGAAUUGAGGACUGCCCUUUCUGGCCGAUUUGAAGAACAACGAGGACAGAUGCCAGUGAAAUUACACCUAGACGAUUCUCACGACCCUGAUUCUUUACCCUUUCCGUCUUUCUUUCGAUCGGGAAUUAUUUGGAAAUUCGAAUUUUCAAACCAAUUUCUGGGGCACAGUUAAUCGUAGUUAGCAGCGAGGCAUAAAAUGGAAUUAGAGAUGGACGAUCGCGAGUGUGCAGGGACAGAUCGGCAAUAAAUAUGGUUCAUAAGCCAGGAAUGGUAGCCAGAAGAUACAGAAACGUUUCUAGACGUCCUACGGAGAGACGCGUGUCACGCGUUACGUCCACGAAACGACUCCAUCAACUUUACGACCAUGAAUUAGGAUUAGACGGUUGCGUUCGCUAUCGUCCGCUUCGCUGCUAAACGAUUUAUCGCUGCAAGGGGAAGUAUACCUAACAACCGCGUUGUAUCUUUUAAUUUUCUUUGUUAAAUAAUCGCGAGUGGAAGCAAUCAGAGGGAAUACUUUGAUACGAAUACGCUGGAUCGUUGGUGUGUCGCGAAUUGGGGUCGCCGAGUCGAAUCGAAAACUCAUUACAACUUUUUGCCGACUCAAUCAAGAAGUUAAUGUCCUUUAACCUCCAGGCGUUCCCGAUAGAGUUCACGGGAAUCUCGGGAAUCGCGUAAGAAGUCGACGGCUCUCACAUGCCCAGCAAAAUGGAUCACCAGCUUAUGAUUGAUCGCCUAUUGGCUCUGCGAGCUGGCCAGACUUUUUUCAUGGUGUAUUAGAAACCAUUUCUGCCGCAUUAUAAUUCCAACUUAGUUCUGCUUCCUCUUACUGCUACCAUAUAUGUUCUCGACCGAACUCCACAAAAAAUAUCGAAAAUACAUGUCCGUGAAACGUGAUCAUUUUUUGAAACGAUGCUCGUUAUCGCGGAGAAACGCUUUCGAAAGAGCCGUAUGUCAGCUAGAGGGAUAUUUAUCGAAAUACUGAGAAACGAGGAGGAUUCGUCAGGAAGAUAAUCCGUAAAAUGAUGAUCCCUCGUGGCUCUGCUGCUACCUUCUGUCCAGCUUGGUCCAUUUCAUACGCUCCAUUUCUCUUCGCCAGCGAGGUGUCCCGUAAGAUGAUCAUAAAUAAUUAAGAUGAAUAAAUUGAACGGAUAUUAAAAACAAAUUUGGAUAUUAACGAAGUUAUUUAAACGUCAUCGAUUCUUCGGUUUCAAAAAUUUUCCACGAAACAGCAAGGAGACAAAUGUUUUCUCAAGAAGAAAAGAGAUAUUCUCGCUUGAAAUGGAAAACGGUUUCAGCGAACGAUCAUUGGCAGGAUAAUCGGGAAUCGUUGGAGGUCCAUCAACGGAUUCGACGAGUCUGCCGAACGUCCAAUAUCCAGGAGGCCGAGCAUAAAAAAAAAAAGAGGAGCCUGGUGUGCGGGCGUUAAAAAUAUUCAAGAUCGUUUGUCAGGCUGAAUUACAGCUCUGCUCAGCUCCCGCGCCACCCUUCAAAACCUCCCUCCCACCGACAGGAGUUUCUGCGUUGGCGCAACCCGGAGAGGGCAGAAGAGGAAAGAGUCGACGACAAAGACGAUGCUGGGCACAUGUGUCGAACCUGAAAUAUGUAGGCGUGGUCUGGAUGGAACUAGCAGACGCGUCCCGACGACCGAAUAUGUUCACCCCGUUCGUACGCUCCACCCUCGCCUAACCCUGGAAACGUUGCCAUUGGACGGUGCCCACCCUCGUCGCGCCUCCACCUGCCACUACGAGCUACCCUCAACGAGAUUCUACCCCUAAAUACAGGGGAUGCGCGUUCGGUUCCCUCAUUUUAACGUGGUCCGCCGAUACGCGCUGUACCCUUGUUCGUCUCCUGUGUCUUCUUCAGUGAUAACAGUUAGUGUUUGAAACUGGCGAUGUUUUGUUAAUAAACGGGAUGAAAUUGAAAUGGAAGUGCGAACGUCGAUGUCUCAGCUCGAGGACUAACUGCACCCGGACAGGGUGAAAGCGUGACACCCUUGAAGCACGAGCACUGACAGGCGGAAGGAUUUUCUCUUGGACGCGUGGUCCGGUAAGCAGAUUUUCAUUUUUAAUUAUUUUUUUAUUUUAAAAGUGUGUUUCGUUGAACAUUUAGCCCCGUGACUGUCACGAAUCUGUAUAUAUUUUUAUUCAUAAAAGUUGUCAUUUUAACAUGCCUUGCCAUACGUCUUCAUUUUCAUUGUGACAAUCAUCGUGUUAAAUUUCAAACGAGCAUAAAUUCCGAUCAACCAAUCGCUCAUACGUCGAAUCUCAUUGACCCAAAUUCCCCCUGUUAGAGAACACAGAGGUGACACCUGGUCCGGCUGUACCAGGCGCGAUUCACACAUCCAUCAUUAGCCGUGAAGUCAGUUAAAUUGACCAGCGGCCUUCAUUGUCGCAGGUCGAUCAUCCGGAACGAGCAGGAUGACAAUGGAAGAUCGCACGGGUGGCAUCGACCGUGCCGCCCCCGCGACCUCGACGACCGCCACCACGGCGUUAACCUCGUCCAGUCCGUCGUCCAUCAGCGACGCCACCACCGAUGCUUCCUAUCCUCUUCAGCGCGCCAGUAAACGUUCCUUCGACGUCGCCUUUCUGGUCGCGCCGGACGAAAACCUCGCGCGUCGUCAGAGCGAGAAGAUGAGGAUGAUCUCCAACCGGAAGCAAGAUCGUCCGCGGGAAGACAUCGCAACGGAAAGCGUUUUGGACGCUGAUAGACUGCCUCAGAAUCUGACCAUCAAGAACUACGACAACGACGCUGUGGUAUCCGAUAGAAGGAGGAUGAUACAUUGUACAGAAAAUUCAUUGAGUCCUCCGUAUAUUUCUCCAAGGACACUGACACCGACUCUACCAGGUCUGUCUCCCGAAAACGACGUCAGGAGAUACGUUUCUGGGAGCCGUCUUCAGAAAUCACCCAGUCCGCCUACCUUCGGGCCUCACCAAUCGAUACUGACCACCUGUCCCGAGAGUAUAGAACCAAAUCUAGCUUGCAACAAGGUCUACGACACUGGUAUACCCUGUCAGGCGGACAGACACGGCGAGUCUCGAAGCGCCUUCACGAAAGUGAGCCUAACAGCUCCGAGAAACGGCUUCAGCGACGAUGGUCAGACCUCGCCCAGGUCGUCCAUAUCACCCGACGAUCGCACCAGCUAUCAGAGCAGCGUCAGUCCGCCUGUAGUUCCUCUAACCGCCGCUCCCGGUUACAAAUACGCGCCCUUUCCCGCCAAAAUGGCAUAUCCAUUCCUGGUCAGCCCAGAAAGCAGUCAGCCUGGCUUACUGGAGAACUUAAAAAUACCGCAGAUCGCUCAACCGCCCAAAGUACCCAGUCCAAAGAUACCUACAUUUCGACCGGACCUACCACCGGUUUACCCAAACAUCCCGUACAAUCCUAUUUCCGUAUUUCCGCCUAUGGCCGAGGCGCUCAGCAGGCCCCGAUUUUUAGCGACGGCCGCAGGAGUGGCCGGUCUUUUACCGCCUUCCUUCGCCGCUCUCACUCUGCCUGCGCAGAACGUCUGCGCCAAGUGCAACCUGUCCUUCCGGAUGACGUCCGAUUUGGUUUAUCAUAUGAGGUCCCAUCAUAAGAACGAGAAUACCGGUGAGGCUGCUAGGAGGAGGAGGGAGGAGAAACUGAGGUGUCCCGUCUGCGACGAGAGCUUCCGGGAGAGGCAUCAUCUGACCAGGCACAUGACCGCUCAUCAGGAUAAAGAGAGCGACGCGAUCGUCGAUCAGGUUGAAGUGAAGAGACGAGCGACAACGGUUCACAGCAAGUGACGACGGAAAUCGUCGACCGAAGAUCCGGUGCUUACUAGUAGUAGCUAUUCUUUUGAAUAAUCGAGAAAUUCAUUGGUUGGAUUUAGAUUGAAAUUUUUCAGACGGGGACACCAAGCUCUUCCAAUUUUUACGUAGUUCCAUACACAGGAUAAUCAUCGUUACCUAUUCUAUCAGCUAGCUCCUCGUUACUGAAUGUCCACGAAUUUUUGCACGUCUUUUUUAACACUUUGAAUCAAAACUCCCAAUUAAUCCAACUCCGUAUUAACGAGAUUAAUCGACAUUUACCUGGUAUACGUGUACGAUAAGACAGUAAUUGCUGUAAGCUUUAAACUAGGAGAACCUUGUCUCUGGAUAAGGUGAUAUUCCCUCUCUAGUCAAUAUUAGGUAGGAAAAAUUUGUAAAUAAUUCGAUAACUUUAAAAGUGUCGCGAGUUGCUUAAGUAUCCCUUUGAAUUCUUAAUUUUGUUCAAGAGAAAAAUGAAUCGAAUCAAAGCGAGCAGGUGAAAACGAAGGGGGUAGAUAUUCAGGUGGGGCUAAAACGGUACUCGCUAGGAUGUUUGUGUGGUAAGGGGUGGAAGAAGGGUGGGUAGAGCAAUAAAUAGAUCGUAAACCGUAGCAGGGCUAACACACAAACCGUCGGAGCGCGCAUAAUGGUAGGAAACAAUGAAUGCCGUAAUCGGAAACAGUGCCGGUUUGUUAUCUGCCAUUUACACUCCAUUUAACUUCAAACAGUGAAUCGGCUGGCGCGCAUUCGCGUUUUAAAUACACGCGACCUCCGUGCCAUCCCCUAGCUCUCUACACCCCCGCACCCUCGCGACGUACGGCUUAACAUAGGGUUAACCUGGCUGCACAGAGUGGCUUAAUAUUGCACGGAAUUGCUUGACUUAUCGCCACUUCCGUUCCUGCUUUUAACGUUUCCUUGUUUCGACACUCUCUUCACUUGCUUCCUUCCUUCCUUUUUGCUUUGGUUAACAAUCUUGGAAUUUGUUGAAUUUUAAUUUAAUGCUUAAAAGGGACACGAGCUGCGACGAGUGGAAUAAAUCGUAUAAGAGAUAGGAUAAAAUACUACAGUAUUCUGUACAGCAAUAAAUUAACAGUAGUGUGUAUAUAUUCGAAAAAAGGGAAAUAUUCUCGAUGGUAGUCUGCACGAAAUUUUCACGUUAUUUAAUAACGGAUUCAUUGUUCUAGUUCUAUCAAUGUGCACGGUGUAAAUGAUUCAUCAUCAUCAUCAUCUUGUUAGAUAUAAGGAUCUUGUUUUAUUUUUUAAGGAUUAUUUAUCACCACGUCACGUUGUAUCGAUUCGAUGUAAAUAUCAUUCUGUACAUAUGCACUGUAUGCAUCCGGAAUAUCGUUGUUAAUAAAUAAAAAGAGUAUCCGUGAAGAAGAUCUCGAAAAAGAUUUCUACCUUGUCCGGUUUCGUUGGUUACUUGGAAAAGUUUUGCUUCUUCAUUUUUAAGAGUAACAACUCUUUCGAAGAAAUAUUGCUGGCAAAUCGACUUGUUGAAUCGAACGUUGAAAAUGGAAGGCUCUCCGAGGACUAUCCGGUGAGGUACCCGAGUCCGUGGAGAAAAAAAGAGUAGCGAGAAAUCCCCUAAACGGGUAACGUUAAGCCCGUGGAAACCGCAGCCAAUACGACAAACAAUCUCUUACCGCCCUCGUUUCGGCUUAACUUCGCCCCUUAACCUCCCCCUCUCAACCGUCGGUGUAAGUGUACUUACCCUCUGCCCGAGGUCCAUAAAGAUAAAUAACACGAAGCAGCCACGGACUCGAGAGU